AAUGAUGGUUCGGGGAGCUCCAAAACAAGCAUGGAGGAAAGGUCCAUGGACUCAUGAAGAAGAUAAGCUCUUAGCUGAAUAUGUUACCUUCCAUGGAGAAGGAAGAUGGAGCUCAGUAGCUAGGUCUACAGGCUUGAAUAGGAGUGGGAAGAGUUGCAGGCUUAGGUGGGUGAAUUAUUUAAGGCCAGGUCUUAAAAGAGGUCAUAUAACACCUCAAGAGGAAGGGAUCAUGGUUGAAUUGCAUGCCCUUUGGGGUAACAAGUGGUCUACAAUUGCUAAAUACUUGCCAGGGAGAACAGAUAAUGAGAUAAAGAACUAUUGGAGAACCCAUUUUAUGAAGAAGGAAAGGUCAGCUCAAAGGCAACAAAAAAGAAAAGCUCUAAAGCUGAAACAACAGCCACCACAGCCGAAUAAAGAGGAGACGGCAGCAGUGGGAGAUGGUGGCGGAGCGACGGAUCACGAGGGACGAAUGUGUGAAGAGGCUGCUACUUUGUUAGAUGAGUAUUUGAUGAAUGAAGGGUUAUGGUGGAACCAGCAGCAGCAGGCUAAUAAUAUUGCCAUGCAAAUGCAACAAGUAGCUUGUAAUUGUUAUGGAGGGGGUGUAAUUAGUAAUGGUGGGUGCAUUUUCUAAGAAUACUGUUGGGGAUUGAAUUUCCCAAUUAAGAUGAGUAUAAUAUGUGUAUGCAUGCAUGUAUGGACUGUUUAUAGUAAUGAUAAUAAAGAUGGGAUGUCAA